CAAAAAGUGUCCCAACACCUUUGGUAGCAAACAAAAAAGUGUCAUCUAUCAUCGCCAGAAAAAUGUCCACCGGCGACGCCGCCAUCCCACCAGCGGCCAACACCGAUCCCGUAUCUCAACCACCACCACAGGAUAAAACGCCGCCACAACCUCCACCGCCACCGCAACAUCCAACGCCACCCCCACCGCUAUUGCCACCGCCAACGCAUCUGCAGUCCUCCCCAAUUCCAACCACCCCUGCCCCCAUCCGCUCUAUCACCUCCGGCACUACCUCUGCCAACAUCACUCCUCGCUUGCCGGAAAAUGACGUCAUCAACUUACCAAGUUAUUCCAGGUGGUUUGCAUGGAAUAGAAUUCAUGAGGGAGAAAUCAGGUUCCUUCCUGAAUUUUUCGAUGGAAGAUCCCCAUCUAAAAAUCCUAUGGUUUACAAAUACUAUAGAAACAGCAUUAUUCGUCGGUUUAGGGAAAACCCUACCCGAAAAAUCAACUUUACCGAGGUCCGAAAGACUCUAGUUGGGGAUGUUGGCUCGAUCAGAAGGGUUUUUGAUUUCCUAGAGACCUGGGGUUUGAUUAAUUACACAGGCUCAACUUCUAGCAGGAAUCAGCUUAAAUGGGAAGACAAAGAUGCUAAGGCCUCUUCUCAUGGUGGAGAAGCCAAUGCGAGUUCAGUGGAUAUUCCGGUCCCCAAGAAGAGAUUGUGCAGUGGCUGCAAGUCUCCUUGCAGCUUUUCCUGUUUUUCUUGUGAUAAGUAUGAUAUGAUUCUUUGUGCGAGAUGCUAUGUACGAGGUAAUUACAGGGUAGGCUUACAUUCUUCAGAUUUUAAAAGAGUUGAGCUUAACGAAGAGGCAAAGACAGAUUGGAGUGAGAAGGAGACAUUGCUCCUCCUAGAAGCUGUCAUGCAUUUUCGUGAUGACUGGAAGAAGGUGGCAGGGCAUGUGGGUGGUAGGAGUGAGAAAGAGUGUGUUUCCCGCUUUGUAAAGCUGCCUUUCGGCGAGCAGUUUGUUGGACCUCCAGAAUCUGCUGAAGUGGAUAGUGAACCAUUUGCCGCCAAAAGGGUGAAACUAACACCCCUUGCUGAUGCAAGCAACCCUAUAAUGGCUCAGGCAGCUUUUCUCUCAGCUUUAGCAGGAGCUGAGGUUGUGGAAGUAGCAGCUCAUGCUGCUUUAAAAUCUUUAUCUGAAUUUGGAUCGGGAAAAUUUAAGAGUCAUCUAGUAUCUUUACCUACUAAUGAAGAAAGUAAAGAAUCUGAUGAUGAAGCAUCCAAUGAUUCCCAUUCUAUACAUAGAAUUGAAGGAGCUCUUGGUGAAGCACAGUUGCAACUUGAUAAAGAAGAACUGAAUGUGGAGACUGCAAUUUCUCAAGUUGCUGAUCAGAUAAAAGAGAUUGAAGAAAAGAUAGCACAUUUUGAGGACAUUGAA